GCCACCAGGACAAGCUCGGUGUGGCCGAGACCAAGCUGCUCCACACGCUGCACUGGAUGCUGCUGGAGGCGGCGCAGGAGUGCAACCACGAGCCGAGCCUGGGCCACAGCUGGUCCGGGGGCAGCAGCAGCAGCGCCUUCCUCCAGCCGGUGGGGAACCAGGGCUCAUCGCCCGGGGCUCCCGGGUCCUGCUCCGGCUCGGCCCUGGGGGGGUCGGGGCCCCAACACAGCGGCUCCCUGCUGGAGGAGGAUGAGCACACUCGUACAAAGCUGUUCCACAAGAGCAUGGCCACCGUGGAGCUGUUCGUGUUCCUGUUCGCUCCGCUCAUUCAUCGGAUAAAGGAGUCGGACCUGACCUUCCGAUUGGCCAGUGGCCUGGUAAUUUGGCAGCCGAUGUGGGAGCACCGCCAGCCUGACAUCUCGGCCUUUACUGCGCUCAUCAAACCUGUGAGAAACAUCGUGACAGCUAAGAGGAACUCCCCUGUCAACAACCAGUGCAGCCCCUGUGGAUCUGGAAACCCUGGUCCCAUGGGCUUCCAGGUGGUUUGCGAAACCACCCAAUCAGAUUCCUCCUCCCCCUCGGCUGGAGAGCAAAGCUGUCGUCGUGGUAACUCGGUGGAGAAAGGUGGCCCUUCCCAGCAACCCCAGCCGGUCAAAGGCCCUUCCAAGAAAAA